AUGGAUUCCCCGGCAAAAAGACGAAAAACUAGCGAGGCUGCAGACCUCUCUGUGGUGCCAGAGCUUCCUCGAAAUGACCAACAUCGGCCAAGACGGCCCUCCUUCCAGUCUCCAACCAGGGCCAGUCUGGCACGAUCACAUCCCGACAAAUUAGAUCGCGCGCUCAGCCGAUCUCCCGCCCGACGGCCAGCAAACAAAGGCAGUGAACAGCAAGAUGCUCGAAAACUUGGACUUCGUGAUCGCAAAGCGCUGCGACCAUCGCUCAAUGCCGCGGCCAGUCCUCUCAUUCGACCUCGAGGCUCCGAGGGGCCAGGUAGUUCUCCCAACAGGCGCCCGAGUGGCAUCCAAGCGUUCUCGAAACCACCGCGCAGGAUUUCCAAAAGGAUUCUCCCGGGAGACCUAGUCUUCGGGUCCCCAAUGCCACAGCCACAGCAAUCCGAAUCGAAUACCCCCGAGGGUCAAUUGGCAUUGGAAUUGGGCAGCGCUACAAGAGAAACAGACAUGGACAUGGGACCUGACGCCAGUUUCAUGGAUGGGGAUGUAUUAGAGCCCGAUCUUCCACCUACGCCGACACAAUUGGGGUUAGAAAAGGCCCCAGAUCGAUCCAGAGCGAUGCAGAGCAGUAGUCCGAGUAUGCGACAGGAGAAACGAGCAAAACGACGAACUGCCAAUGCAUUGCUCGAAAGCCCACUGAAGGCAGUGAACUUCCAAUCCCCGCCAUCGGAAGAUUUGGAGGUGCCUUCAAACCUGGGUGGACUUUCAGCGACCGUCCAACAGAAACGCCAUGCGCGCGAGAAAAGUGCCGCGGAUCUGCGACGGCUGAAAAAGGAAGUUGAAGAAUUGGAAACAUGGGCAAAGAAGAUCGAGUCUAGCCCUGACUUGGAACCCGAAACCAAAGGACUCGAUAAAUUUUUAUCUUUACUCACAUCGGGAGAGGCAAAUCGGACGAGUGUCUCAAUCCCUCAAAAGGCAACUAAACCAAUAUCAUCCCUCCUCGCCACUUUACUCCCAUUCUCCGCCAAUAUUCCUCGUCCAAAGCGCCAGACAUCAUCGCUACCAACAAAUCCAUUCGCCCUGCAAGAAUCGUCUCAGUCACUGCCAUAUCUGACAGCAUUCGCACCAUUGGCUCUCAAAACCCGUACAACACGAUCCUCACGUAAAGAGGGACUAUCAGAAACACAUACGCUUACAUUUUCCCCUCCAUCCCCAUUUCCAGCAAGUCUAUAUAAUGUGACUGUUGUCUAUGAGACAGACCCUGAAACCCAAUCUUUGACCUCCCUAUCAGUGCCCACUGGCAUCGACAGCAAGAAAAGAAAAAUCCCCGAGCCUCUCCGCCGAUGGAUCGAUACUCGAUUAGAGAACCCACUCCUCAAGCUCGACGUGGCUACACUUUGCUGGGGAAUCAAUCGAUACUGGGAAUCCGCGAUCGCCCGCGCCCAAUUGUGGGCUCACAUCGACUACAAAUACGGGCCUCGCGCUUCGCAGAGCGAAAAGGAUCCCAUGCCGGAAAGCAAGAACGGCACUAUCACACUUUCUGAACUACGAAGCUUAGUCCCGCAUCUGGAUCGGAGCACGAUGGUCAUCAAACCCACGUCUUCAGGCUCCAGCCUUCGAGUGCUUUUGUCAAAUACCCUGGUUAUGGAUGAAUGGACUGGGGAGCCUCAAUUGCGGCCUGAGGUUAGCGUGUCGAUUCCUGGAUCAGAUAAGAAGGUUGAUCAGGAGACGAAGAAGCUCUUCUAUGCCUUGUUGCGUGAGGAUGGCGCUUCGAUCAUGAGAGGCGUGGAGGGUGGGAUUCAUGUUGAUGCGGUGGUAAGGGCGACUGAAGGUGCCCUUGGUGCCUUGUUUGGUGUUUGA